GCCCCUCUCUCUCUCUCUGCCCUUCUUCUAAUGAUAGUAAUGGAGGAAGAAGAGAUAUCAGCGACGGAGAAGGAGAAGAUGGAAUACACGAACACAGCACAUCACACAAGGAUUCCAGCCGGUCUAAGUGGAGAAGAAUUCGAGGAAUUAAAGCCAGUCAUCUACCACCACCAUACGUAUCGUAUCUGUACGGGUAAAUGUUCAUCUCUACUCGCUCAACGGAUACAAGCUCCCAUCGACACGGUCUGGUCCAUAGUUCGUCGAUUCGAUAAGCCGCAGACCUACAAGCAUUUCAUCAAGAGCUGCUUCCUUAAAGAAGGAUCCCAGCAGUACCCCACCACCGUCGGAUGCUUGAGAGAGGUAAACGUUAUAUCCGGGCUUCCGGCGGCGACCAGUACGGAGAGGUUGGAUAUUCUGGACGACGAGAGACACGUCACUGGGUUCAGCAUCAUCGGCGGGGAGCACCGGUUGAAGAACUACCGGUCGGUGACGACGGUGAAUGAGUGUAAAGGGGGCGACGGGAGGAUCCGGACCGUUGUUUUGGAGUCGUACGUUGUGGAUGUGCCGGAGGGGAAUACGGACGAUGACACUCGUAUGUUUGCCGAUACGGUGGUGAAAUUGAAUCUGCAGAAGCUGGCGUCGGUGACCGAAGGGUUAGCUCGUGAUGCGAAUAGAAGAAACUCAGGCAAAUCACAAAUGGGCUACACAACAGGGGCCCGGCCAGCCCACCCCAAACCUCUAAACCCGUCCAAGGUCCAACCCCGGUGAAGGCAGAACUCGAUCCCAGGUCUCUGCUACAACCAGCUAGAGACAAGCUAGCUACCACCAUUCACUCGUACCUCCUUACCUCCCUGUGAGUACUGUUCUCUUUUUCUAUUUCAAUUUGUCAUUUUGUGUGAAAUUCCAAGCUGGGGAGUUUCCAACUCCCAACUUCCCAAGUCUUUCCGGGUAGGCGACAGUUCUAAUGUGGAGCCUGCAGAAUGCCAAGAUUGCCCUUAAUGGAAGAGAAGUAUGGAACCAUGGAAGGAAUGAGAAAGAAUGGUAGAGGGGAGAGAGAUUGGGGUCUCUGGAAUUACUUGCUCUCAGAGUAGAGAGUGUCAAUUGUUACCAAAAUAAAUAAACAAACAAACAAAUAAAUAAAUAAAUAAUGAGGGUGUCAAUUACUUUUAUUUUUAUUUUUGUAAAAAUAGAGAUUUCCAUGUAAUAACUGUUCAAUUCGAAAUUUGGACUUAUGAUUUUGACC